GCGACCACCUCGCCCGCCGCGGCUCGUUCUGAGAUGGCCACCGCCAGCACCGCCUCGUCCCGGCUCCACCUCUUCCUCCCCGACUCGGCCCUCGACCCAGUGCCUCGCUCGACCGCGACCAUCGACCCGCAUGCGGCGGCGCCUCGCGUGUACGGCUGGGGCACGAGGACCGGGUCGGCCCUCGUCGUGGUCGGCGUCGUGCGCGCCGUGUCGGUGCAGGAAGCAGCGCAGCUCGUCGCCGAGCGAUGCGCAGGCCGCACCGCAGACGAGCAUUCGGUCGAGGUGCUCGUCGAGCUCGACGUGGGCGAGGACGGACAAGGUCUCGCCGGCGUCGUCUUCCUCGACGGCCAGCGUCGCCCUUCCUCCUCGUCCGCCGGCGACGCCCAGGCGCCGCUCGUCAUCCUGUACGCGCCCCUCAAGCAGCUCGAGCUCCUGUCUCUCGAGCCUUUGCGCCUCGGCUUCCAGCCGCGCCUCGACGAGGUCAAGGACACGCCCACCGCGAGGACGAGGUCGACGAGCGCAGCGGGCGAGGGCCUGGCGGGUGCGGUCGCGGUUAUCAACGGCUCGCGCCUCGUCCUUCACGAGCGUUCCCGUCCGUCGCCUAGUCGAGCGAAGCCGCUCCUCGACAGCGCCCGCAGGAUCGGCCUCGUCUUCUCGAGCAUCAUCCACGCCAUCCUUUCGCUCGUCUUGGCCACCCUCGCCGUCCGCGUGCCGUUCCUCGGCUCGAUUGCGCAGCUCUCCUGCUUCGGCCGUCAACUCGACACGCGAGUGUCGCAGGCCCUGUCGCUCGUCCCGACCUUUAGCUCGUUCCACCGCGACCUGUACACACCCACGACCGCCGAGGCGCGCCACGUCGCCGCUCACGCCAGCUACAUCCACUUCUUCAACCUCCUGUGGCUCCUGGCCAACGACUUUAUCGUCGGCGUCGCGCUCGCGACGUACGUCCGCGACAACGCCGUCCCGAUCCGGCACCUCGUGAGCGACCUCGUCGAGGUGCACGUUUCGGCGUACCUGCGCGACCUCCUCGACUGGCUCAACAGCUGGCCGAUGGGUGUCAAGCUCAACUCGGAGGUGGCGGGCCUCGUCUGCCGGGCCUUUGUGUUCCUGACACGCGUUUGGGAAGGCGCCGUCCUCAAGCCCGUCCUCCUGCAUCUCCCUGUCGGCCUCAUUGGCUGCGCCGGCUUCCUCGGCGCUUCGUCGCUCCUCGCCUUGUCGACCGACCUCGUGUCGGUCCUCACCCUCCCCUUCUUUGUCUGCUACGUCGCCGCGACCCUCGUCUACCGGUGGAGCCUGCGCAGCCUCGGCGCCCUGUUCAACGUCUUCCGAGGGCGCAAGUCCAACCCGCUCCGGAACCGCGUCGAGCCGGCGAGCUACGACGUCGAUGCGCUCCUCCUCGGCACCCUCCUGUUCGUCACGCUGUCGUUCAUCUUCCCGACGCUCGUUGCCUUCUACGCCGCGUUCGCCUCGUCUCGCCUCCUCAUUCUCGGCGUCGAGACGGUCCUCCUCAUGGGCGUCGACGGGCUCAACAGCUUCCCGCUGUUCGCGCUCCUCCUACGCAUCAAGGCGCCCGGUCGACUUCCUGGCGGCAUCCGGCUCGACCCGUGCUCGGACAAGCGCCACUUCUCGGCCCCCCAUUUUCACCUCGAGUCGCACACGUCGCCGCAGAACCAGCCCUUGUCGUUCGGCAGCGUCCUGUCGUCGCUGUCGCACGUCGUGACGCCGCUCUCGCCAAGCACGGCCGUCUCUCUGCUCGCCAGGCUCUGCACCGGCCGAGUCGUGUGGUCCUCCUCCUCGUCCGCCCCGCCGGCCGAGUAG